AUGGAGCUAGACCAGGAGAACUUGGCUGCGGCAACACUGACAGUUCGGGAGACUGAAACACUGACCGUUCUGGAAAACGAAUCACCGACCAACAGGGAGAUCAGGGAACGGCUGUCAUGGUUCGGGCCAAACCCAUCUGCCGAAAUCAUCCAACAG